AUGACGGAAGCAAUGGGUUAUGGCUUUGAGUGCCUGUCAGCACUGGAGUCACAAUUGGUCACAUCCCAAUGCUUCUGCUUUGUCAACAACGCCCACGUCAUUGAGGCUGGAAAUACAGUCCAUCACUUGGGUGAAGCCAUAUGUGCAUUCGUGCAGGACACCGCUACCCUGUGGGGUGGGGGAAUCCGAGCUACUGGAGGCGCGACCAACCCCAAGAAGUCUUUCUGGUGGCUCAUUCAUUUUGAUUGGGACUCACGCAUAGGUACAUGGAAAUUUUGUGGUAAAAAAGCAGUUGCCCCAGACUUUGACCUCCAAAUCCAAGGUCUAUCAGGUGCUGCCAAAUCCCUGCGUUGCCUCAAACCAGACGACUCUGAACGCACUCUGGGGGUGAUGCUUGCCCCUUUGGAAAACCUUAAGGCUGAUGAGGAUCAGCUGCUAGCUAAAGCCAAGGAUUGGGCAGAACAGCUUUGGCCCAACCUUCUUCACAAAUAUGACGUCCUCCCCCUCAUCAGGUUGACCAUCAUGAAGAAAUUGGAAUAUCCCAUGGGUCUUGGACUCCCACAUCCGUUUGGUUGUCAAGUGUUUAAACAUCUCAAGAUGUUGCUCCAACAUAUGGCCAACAGGAGCAAGACUGGUGACUACAUGGAGGCCAACUUCCAAGCCCAUCAACUAGAAACGGGGACAUCCUUUGCAAUCUUGCAACAAGUCUACAACAACACGGCCAUCUUAGCUUCCGACCUGUGGAUGAAACAGUGUGGCAUGAACUUGAGGGUCUGGACAUCUAUGUCGCUUGGUACUCCCCAGCCUUAUCACAUUGCUCUAAGGACAAUUCUCUGCUGGUGGAUCUCUUCCUCAACCUAG